UCUGAAUUAAGUCAAAAUGAAAACUACGCUAAGCAUUUUAUUGGUUUUGUAUUUUCAAAUGAGUUUUACUCAUGGAAAACGUGAUUUUGAAAUAAAUUUGGAUUCCAUCAAUUGCACAAUGAAUCCAAAAUAUGUGAGUAAAAGUGAAUUUUAUAUUGAUAAAACAAUGAAACACCCACAAGCAUUUGCUGACAUUCAAAUGGCUCAUGGUGUGCAAUCCAUGACUUAUUCAUUGAAAAUUGAACUCCUAAAAACCAAUAAGGAUAAAAUGACUUUAAUUGAUAUAAAAAAUGCUGACGGAUGUGCUUUUCUCGAUGGAAAAAUUGAAGCUAAUUUAAUUAAUAUCUAUAGAGAUAUGUUGGCAGAAGCUGGAAAUUUACCAAAAUGUCCUAUACCCGCAGAUUACCAUUUUGUAUUCAAUAAUGUUACAAUUGAUGUUGAGCGAUUUCCACCAUUUUUACCGGAAGCAAAGUUUACAUUAACGGCUAAAACUACAGCCGACAAGGAAUUCUUCUAUACAUUGCAAGUCAAUGGCAGUAUUAAGAAGAAGUAAAUACAUGCAAAAUUUGUUAGUUUUACAUAAUUUUUGUUAGUUUUAAAGUGAAACUAGG